AUGGAAUCUGGACGGGACAAAAAGUCCGAUUCCCAGGCUCUCUCCGAGAAUGAGAAACGGUGCCUCCGCAUUUAUGGAAGGCUGCCUUAUAGAGGAGGAUUACUCGGACAGCAGUCUAAGGAACGGAGAUACUUUGACUCGGGUGAUUUAGCUCUCUCUGCAGCUGACAUUGUGACGGAUAACGGUGCAAUUCAAACUGGCGCAGCCCAUCCUAUACGUGAGAGCAUUUCGCGUCCUUAUGCUCCGGUUCCCAACACAAGUAAUGCCAACAAAGAUGCCAACAGGGAAUUGGGUGGCAAUAAAAGCCCAACUCCGGAAAUGAUAGAUAGUCCCUUGCAUCAGCAAAUCGAUAGUGGGAAGAAGGAGAUGUAG